AUGGCAGGAGGAGCCGCUGCCACCAGCUGUGGGCUGAGACACCCCAGAGGAGGGGUUUGGGUAGGUGGCGUCAGUGCAGGAGCCCUCAGGGACAAGCAGGCAAGGCUGUUCAAACCUGCCUUGGAACUGUCAUUGCAGAAACCCUCCUUCCUUCCUUCUCUGCGAUCCAAGCCUUCUCUCGCCUUGUUCUCCAAAUGGCUACCUACAAGGUCCAGGUGGCUACUGGUGACAUCUUCCUGGCAGGAACCUACAGCAGCAUCUCCAUCACCCUUCUGGGGGCUCAUGGGGAAAGCGCCAAGCAGCACCUGGAUCACCGGGGGAGAGAUUUUGUUCGUGGGGCUGUGGAUGAGUACGAGGUGUUAAGCGACCAAGACCUGGGCCCCAUCGUGCUGAUCCGGCUGCACAAAGAGCCCUAUUUAUUCUUCCCCACAGACAGCUGGUACUGCAGUUACGUCAGGGUGAAGACUCAGCAGGGGGAGACGUACCACUUCCCCUCCUACCAGUGGCUGGAGGGCUCCUGCACCUUGACUCUGCGAGAGGGAGCAGCCAAAACUGUUGGCGAUGAUGAUGGGAAACCUCUCCUCUUGGAGCUUCGUAAGGAAGAGCUGAAAAGACGGCAAGAAUCCUACGGCUGGAAGGACUAUGCCCCUGGCUGGCCGAGGUGUGUGGACGCAAACAGCACCGACGACCUGGACGCCAAUUCGAAGUUCUUAUUCACCAAGUCCUCUGUCUUCGCCAGGCGCACCGUCGAGUCGGAACUUGAGAUGAGGCUGAAAGGCUUCUCCAAACUGGCAGAGUCAUGGAAGAGCCUGGAUGAUAUCGGCAAAGUCUUCUGGUUUAAGAAAACCCCAGUCACAGAGUAUGUCAUGGACCAUUGGAUGGAAGAUGACUUCUUCGGCUACCAGUAUCUGAAUGGAGUCAACCCUGUGAUGAUCCAGAAAUGCACCAAGAUCCCGGCCAACUUCCCUGUGACUCAGGAGAUGGUGGCUGGUUGCUUGGGCAAGUCUACCACCCUCCAGGAAGAGCUGCAGAACGGGAACAUCUUUAUCGCAGACUACAAGAUCCUUGAGGGCCUCCCCACCUGCAAGCUGAAUGGGAGACGCCAAUACCUGACGGCCCCCCUCUGCCUGUUGCACCUCAACCCAAAAGGCCAGAUGAUGCCACUGGCGAUCCAGCUCAGCCAGACCCCGGGCCCCGAAAGCCCCAUUUUCUUGCCCACUGACCGCAAGUGGGACUGGACACUGGCCAAGAUCUGGGUGAGAAUGUGCAGUUUCCACGUCCACGAAGUCAACACCCACCUCCUUGAAGAGCACUUCCACUGCGAGGUCUACAGCAUGGCCACCCUCCGCCAGCUGCCCAUGUGCCACCCUGUCUACAAGCUCCUGAUACCUCACACUCGUUACACACUCCACAUCAACACCCUCGCACGCACCGAUCUUAUCCAACCAGGAGGGGUGUUUGAUAAGGCGACUGCCACGGGCCGCGAUGGGAUGCUGAAACUGCUGGCAAAAGGCGUGGAGGCCUCCAGCUACACCGCCCUUUGCCUCCCUGACGACCUUCAGGAAAGAGGAGUUGCCUCCUUGCCCAACUAUUACUACAGGGAUGAUGGGAUGAAGAUCUGGACUGCCAUAGAGACGUUUGUCUCUGGCAUUGUUGGGCUCUACUACAAAUCUGACACAGAUGUGAAGGGCGACCAUGAACUACAAGCCUGGAUUGACGAGAUCUUCAUGGAAGCUUUCCUAGGCAGGAAAUCAUCAGGUGUCCCUUCCACCCUGGAAACUAGAGCUGAGCUUAUCAAGUUCCUCACCAUGGUCAUCUUCUGUUGCUCUGCAAGGCACGCGGCAGUCAACAGCGGGCAGUUUGAUUUCGCCGCAUGGAUGCCCAACACGCCUGCCACCUUACGUUCUCCUCCUCCUAAGGUCAAGGGAUCUGCAACCUUGGAAAGCAUCUUGGCCACACUUCCUGAAGUCAACUCCACCUGUGAUCUUUUGUUGCUGCUCUCCAUUGUGAGCUAUGAGCCAGGGGACCUGAGACCCCUGGGCUAUUACCCUGAUGAGCAUUUCACAGAGGAGGCCCCCAAAAAGCUGACUGCCACCUUCCAGCAACGCCUGGCUGAGAUCUCGAAGGAAAUAGAGGCAAGGAACCAGGAGCUGCCCAUUGGGUACCUCUACAUGAAUCCUUCCGAAGUCCAGAACAGUGUCUCCAUAUGACCUCCAAGACCAGCAUCUCCUCCUCAUACCUCUCUGUGGGUUGAUCCCAACACACACACACACACACACACACACAGAAUCCUUGUACCAACCUGAGGAGUACUUCCCUUAUGAUCGUUGGCCUGGCACGCUGAAGCAAGAAGCUCAGUUUCUGCAAUCAGAAAAUCCACAUUUCUGCAAUUUGAACACACUAUCCAAAAAAGGCACAAGAGUCAUUAUGCUGCUUAAUAUGGAAUCUGUGGAAUUCCCCCCCACCCCGUUAAGGGAAUGGAGGGGGAAACAAUGGGCAAUGAUGGUGUCGAAGCAGGCAGAUUCAAGGGUUUACAGGGAAGGGAGGGGGGUUGUGCAACCCACAAAAUCUGUACUCAGUAUUCCCUGUAAACCCAACUCAGAUUGGUGCUGAACAUUUGGCUCAAUCAUUGCUCAAACAUUUUCCAGAUUUGUUUCAUGAGGGCUAGGUGCUCAUAUAUAUAUAUUUUAGGUAAAUGUGAAAGUCUCAUGGAUCAGCAGCACUAAUCACAUAACAUCCCACAUCACAUAGAGAAGAACAGAGUGACAUUUACCUCCACCCCCAACCUUAAUAUUUUUGCAUAAUUUUAAAUUCUCCUUUGAGGUGAGCUUAAUUUUAAUGCCAUGCUACCAACAGGGAGCCCCACAGGAACAGGCACCAGGAAGAUGCACCAGGAAAAAGCAAAUUACUUUACCUUAUGUCCUUUUUUGGGUACAUAUCUGCUUACAGAGAUGGGGAGUGUUAAAAAAAUCUUUUUUUAACAUUCAUAUUGAUCUGUUUCCACUCCUUUCCUUCAUCUGUUUGCUUUGAUUGCAAUAAUUUACAGCAUUAAUACCUUUAGGUGCUAAUAAAUAUGUUACACAUUC